AUGAAGGAAAUUAAGCGUACUUGUCGUCUUUAUCGAAAAAUCGAAGAAAACUCUAAGGAAUUUGUGGAAAUCUAUAAUAGUGAUAAUGAGGAUUUUCAAUCAGAGACUGGAUAUUGCCCAAAACUUGUUCUAAAAUACACUGAAAAUACUCUGAUGAAGGUGGUAGUCCUGAACGGAAAGAAAUUAAUAAAAAGGAAGGUAGCUACUAGCUCAUCUACAGGUAUUUAUGUUUUAUCAAUAGUCGCAUUGAAAAAUGCAGGAGCUAGUGGCUUAGAAACAUCUCAAUCCAAUGAUCCCACUUCUAAGAAUAACACAAAUACAUCAAAGAGAGCAGUAUUAUAUGUUACAAACGAAAUAUCAAAGAGCAAAUCGAUGAACAUAUAUUUCGAACAAAAAGGAAUACAAGAAAAUUUUCCAGAUUUAGAAUGGCUAUUAAUUUAUGAAAGUAAUCAGAUAAAGAAAGUUCAUCAUCGUUCAGCUCUACCAGUCGGUCAUGGGCCAUCCCUUCAUUCAAAUUCUUCAAAAAUUUCUCGUAAAAUUCUAUCAACUUCAUCAUCAUGA